AUGAGGGUCAGUUCCGCCGUCACUGCCGCUCUUUCAGGCCUCGCCUCUCUCGGCCACGCCCACAUGGAGAUGAAGAGCCCGCCGCCCCUCCGGUCCAAGUUCAACGCCUUCACCACCGACAUCGACUACGACAUGACUUCCCCUCUUUCCGCCGCCGGCGCCGACUUCCCCUGCAAGGGCUACCACAAGCUCGUCGGCACGCCGCAGGGCCAGCCUGUCGCUACCUGGAGCCCCGGCGGCUCCUACUCCAUGACCAUCACCGGCCAGACCCCCCACAACGGCGGCAGUUGCCAGGCCUCUCUGUCCUUUGACGGCGGCCGCACCUGGAAGGUCCUCCAUUCGUACGUCGGGAACUGCCCCGUCAUGGGCGCUUCGACCUACCCCUUUUCACUGCCGCGGGAUACGCCCGCCGGCAAGGCCCUCUUCGCCUGGACAUGGUUCAACAAGGUCGGCAAUCGGGAGAUGUACAUGAACUGCGCUUCCGUCACCGUCGCCGCCGGUGGGUCGGACGACAGGGCGCGCGGGAUGCGCGGCGCUUCCGACCCGUACGACGGUCGUCCAGCCAUGUUUGUCGCCAAUGUCGGCAACGGCUGCUCCACCGUCGAGGGCAGGGACUUGCUGUUUCCCAGGCCUGGCCCCGACGUCAGCGUGGAGUCGGCCGGGAGCUCCGGCGCCGUUGGCAUCUGCGGCUCGCGGGAUGAGAUGCCGACGGAGGCGGCCGACGGCUCGAGCACCAGCGCGCUUGGUCCAGGUGCCAGUGCCGUGUCGACGUGGGCUCAGCUGGCACCUUAUCCGGUUUUCGUGACGUUGAGCACGAGGACCAAAUCAGUCGGUGCUGCCGAAACGGUUGCGGCCAAGAUUGGUGGAGGGGGCGGAGGGUCAUGCGCCGCUCGCUAUUGA